AUGGUGGUUCUCUGUAGGGAGAGGGAUCCUGGCUGCAGAGCGUACUGGGAGGUGACUUCUCUGGUGGGUGGUGCUGGCCUGGUGCAGGAGAGGGUUUUUUGCUCCUCGGUAAGCUCAGGACGGAGGAUCCGUGGGUCUGCGGGAGAACAGAACCUCCUGGGGAGGGGCUGGUCUGGCUUCCUGCUACCAGUACAGAGAGGAUGGUGGCACAAUGGUGAGAAUGUGGAAGUAAACCUGCCUCUGCUGGGACCAUGGGUGUGUAAUGUGGACCAGCCGCAGGGACUAUUCAGUUUCCUGGGUGUGGAGGAACAGAGGGAGGAACCCGAGGUGAAACCAUACGCCUUCCUUCCGGGCAGAGCUGAAGGAACAGCUGCUGCCGGCAUUCUGGAUCGCAAGACUCCUGUGCAGCUCCGGAAAAAACAGAGAACUGAGUGGCGGCUAGGAACCCGCAAUUUACACUGA